UCACUUUUUCCAUCUCUUUUUCUUAUAGCUUGGAGAAACACAACAAAACUUUCCAAGCCCAAUGGUGUCAUCUUCUUCGAUUAUUGUUUUCUUUCUUUCUGUUUUUAUUAUUCUAUGUACCACAGAAGCUCUCGUAAAGCUACCGAGGAACGAAACAUUUCCAGCCGUGCUAGUUUUCGGAGAUUCGAUAGUGGAUCCGGGCAAUAACAACAAUCUUAGUACUGUGGUUAAGUGCAAUUUUCCACCGUAUGGGAGGGACUUCGUGGGAGGAUUUCCAACUGGAAGAUUUAGCAAUGGCAAAAUUCCGCCUGACUUCAUUGCUGAAGAAUUGGGAAUCAAAAAUCUACUGCCACCAUAUUCUAGCCCGUCUCUUCAACUUGGUGAUCUCCUGACUGGAGUGAGCUUCGCCUCAAGUGGCUCAGGAUUUGAUCCUCUAACACCUAAGCUUGUGUCAGUUUUAUCUCUGCGGGAUCAAUUAGGAAUGUUCAAAGAAUACAUAGGAAAGUUGAAAGUGAUGGUUGGAGAAGAGAGAACAAACACCAUUUUAAGCAAAAGCUUAUUUCUAGUAGUAGCAGGCAGUGAUGACAUUGCCAAUUCAUACUUUGUCAUCGGCGUUCGGAAACGCCAGUAUGAUGUUCCGGCUUACACUGAUUUUAUGGCCACCUCGGCUGCUUCUUUCUUGAAGGAAUUGUAUGGAUUGGGGGCACGAAGAAUAGGUGUUGCCAGUGCACCUCCAUUGGGGUGUCUGCCAUCACAGAGAAGCUUAGCAGGAGGGAAACAAAGAGAGUGUGCUGAGGAUCACAACGAAGCUGCGAAGCUGUUCAACACCAAGCUCUCGUCUCAAUUGGAUUCUCUCAACGCCAAUUCUCCCCAGGCAAAGUUUGUCUACAUUGAUAUUUACAAACCCUUUCUCGAUCUCAUCCAAAACCCUCAAAAAUCAGGGUUUGAAGUGGUGGAUAAAGGUUGUUGUGGCACAGGGAGAAUAGAGGCGGCAGCACUAUGUAGCCUAUUAAGUUCAUUUACUUGUGAAGACGCGUCAAAUUAUGUAUUUUGGGAUAGUUAUCAUCCUACAGAAAGAGCAUACAAGGUUAUAAUAGAGAAGAUCAUCCAGAAAUGCGUGGACGGCUUCUUCUGAUCAAACUGAUAUCUCUUUUAUGUCCAGCCCAUAUAUGGCAAGCUUCACUGCCUUAAAUUAUUUGUAAUGGUGAAAAUGGGUCUUCCUUUUAGGUUUUGUAAUCAUAGUUAAAAGAGCUAUUAUGGAUGUAAAAUGUGCGAACACAUAAUCCAUGAUAACUCAAUCAUCAUGUAAAAUGCAGUUCUACUCCUUGAAACUGUCUUGUUUUUCUUGGCGUUCUUCUUCUUCUUUGUUAUGUCUGUCUGUUUCUCUUGUUUGAAAGACCACCCAAGCUAUGUUAAAUCUGCCUUGUGUAAUGGAAAGUAGUCCUCUGAAUUGCUUGGUAA